GGGAAAGAGGCCCCUUUGUGAUGUUGUGUGGAAGAUGGGAGCAUUUUACCACCCCCUAGUGGUUAACUUAAAGAGUGCAGUCAGUCUAAUUUACUGUAACUUGAAUGAUGUUCGUUUCUAUUGGUUGUUUUGGAUCACAUGUUUGUGUGGUGUUACUUCAGUAUGGGGAUUUUGCACAGUCAUCUGUAUUAGAGCUCUUCUUUUUAUCCGUCUGCAUCCUGCUGUGUUAUGCCGUGGAGAAGCUUUGUUUUUUCACACGUUUCUGGAAAAGCACUGUAAGAAUACAUGCUGAUGAAGAUAAACAAGUGGGAGCUAGAAUUAACAAAUCCCUGCUAACCCUCGGAAAGGUCAUCUCUGCCAUAUCAGAGCAAGCACUGACCAAGAAGAAAGUCUUCAUACCUUACAGAGACUCUGUCCUUACAUGGCUGUUGAAGGAGAGCCUCGGUGGUAACUCCAAGACGGCCACGAUCGCCACGCUGAGCCCGGCUGGCACCAAUGUGGAGGAGAGCCUGAGCACCCUACGCUACGCCCAGCAAGCCUGCACAAUCAUAAAUGUGGCCAAGGUCAAUGAGGACACUAGUGCCAAGCUCAUCAGAGGAUAAUGGGCUUUGAGGAGGAGGCAGAAGUUAUCCCAAGAUUCUGCCAGGAGCUUUUUCCUAAACGGUCCUCCAUCGUUGGAGGACCCCAGAAUCCUAUGGAAAGCUAUAAAAGGCUUCAUUAGGAACA